AUGACUGAUCCAAUGAUGGACUUCUUUGAUGAUGCCAAUCUUUUUGGUGAGACUUUAGAAGAUUUGUCAGAUGAUGCCUUUGUACAACCAGGACCUGUUUCACUUGUUGAUGAAUUGAACUUGGGUGUAGAAUUUGAACCUUUGCACAUAGAUUCAUUGAACCAUGUCCAGGAUACUCAAACACCACAGAAGAUGACUGAUUUUGAGCAGUUAAAUCAGUUCGAGCCACUGAAACUUCACCAAGUUAAUCAGUCAUUCAAUAGCCCAGUGGAAAAUGUGUUAUCACCACAUUCUCAGUUUAAUUGUUCCCCAGUCCACCCACCAAAUCAAUCUAAUGGCUUGUUUCCAGAUGUUGCUGAUGGCAGUCCAAUGUGGGGUCAUCAGACUAGUGUUUCAAGUCAAAAUGGGUCUCCUUUUCACCAACAAGGACACUCGCAGUCUAUGCAGCAAAAUAAAAGCUUUGUAGCACACCCUGACUUUGCCUUAUUUCAGGUCAAUGAACAACAGCAACAGUGUACAUCACUACAGUCACAACAAAACAGAAAUAGUAAUAACCCAGGGCAAGAAAAUCUAAGCCAAGCCAAAAACUUUAUGGAGGUUAAUCUUUCUGGUCCACAUAGAGUCCAUGUUACCCACCCAUCUCAAAUUCCUAGUGCAUCAACUUCACAACAGUCUCUCUCCAUGCAACAGUUUUCUCCACCAUCAAAUGCUUCAGUGCACUUCUGUGGCAAUCACCAAGAUGGGAAUUUUAAUGGACAGUCUCCAAAUAUGACUCCUUGUUCUGUCAAUAAUUCACAACAGUUUUCUUCACAUUAUUCCUUCUCCAGUAAUCACAUAUCUCCAAACAGUCUUCUUCAGGCCUCUACAGUUCUUGCAUCUAGUCAUUCAGCUCAUACUUUAUCUGAUUUUACUGGAAGCAAUGCCUUUAUAGCUCAGACGGGGACCAAGCAGGAAUCUACCCAGCAUAUUUUAAACUCAAAUUCAUCUUUGAAUUCAAAUAAUUUUGAAAUGUUGCAUUCAGCACAUCCUCAGGGUAACUUCAGCAGCUCAAAAUUAUCUCCUGUACACAUGAAUUUCCCAGAUCCUGUUGGUUCUGCUUCUCACAUGGGACAUUUCAAUGAUCAUGUAGAAACAAAUGGUUUUUCAUCUCUAGAAGAUAAUUUACUUCAUCAAGUAGGAUCUCAAACUGAGGAAUUCACAGGACUUGAUCCAGAAGAUCUUCUUCAGGAGGGUCUCCUUCCCCAAUUUGAUGACUCAGCAUUUGGGCAAGAUAGUUCAAGUCAUGUUUUAGAACAUGACCUUGAUCCACAACUUACCCCACAGCUUUUAACACAACCUCCAGAUGUGGCUCGAACUCAGUCUCAAAGUCAGGUACACUCGUGGCAUUUGUCAGUUUCUAAUCAUCAACACUCACAUGACAGAGAACAUUCAUCCUUGCAACACCAGCCUCCUUCUUCCAAAAAGACUGAUGGUUCUGGGAUGUAUGCAAAGUUACAGAAUACCCAGGUGAGAGCCAUGUCUGAGAAGAAGCAGAAAAGAAAGGUGGAAUCCGAAAGCAAGCAAGAAAAGGCUAAUCGAAUUAUAUCAGAGGCAAUAGCGAAAGCAAAGGAACGAGGAGAACGAAACAUUCCUCGAGUAAUGAGCCCUGAAAACUUUCCCAGUGUUUCAGCUGAAGGAAAAGAAGAAAAGAAAGGUAGAAGAAUGAAGUCUAAGCCAAAAGACAAGGAAAGCAAGAAAACAAAAACUUGUUCUUCAACUAAGUUAAAAGAGAAGACAAAAAUUGGGAAGCUCAUUAUUACUUUGGGUAAGAAGCAAAAAAGAAAGAAUGUGUCUUCAGAUGAAAUGUCUGAUGCUGAGCAGAUUUCACAGCGUCCAUUCAAAGAUGAAGAUUCUCAAAAGAGAAGAUCGAAUCGUCAAGUUAAAAGGAAAAAGUAUGCAGAAGAUACAGAAGGAAAACAGUCAGAAGAAGAAGCAAAAGUUUCUGUGAAGAUCAAAAAAAGUUCAGCUUCUUUACCUGCUGAACAACCUUUGCAGUUAUUUGUGGAGAAUCCAAGUGAAGAAGAUGCUGCAAUUGUGGACAAAAUACUGUCUUCAAGGAUUGUAAAGAAGGAAAUAUCACCUGGAAUGAUGAUUGAUGCAGAAGAAUUUUUUGUGAAAUACAAGAAUUACUCCUACCUUCACUGUGAGUGGGCCACAGAACAGCAACUUCUAAAAGAUAAAAGAAUACAGCAAAAAAUCAAAAGAUUCAAGUUGAGACAAGCACAACGAGCACAUUUUUUUGCAGAUAUGGAAGAAGAACCUUUUAAUCCUGACUAUGUUGAAGUAGAUAGAGUGUUAGAAGUUUCUUUUUGUGAGGAUAAGGAUACUGGCGAGCCUGUAAUUUACUACUUAGUAAAAUGGUGUUCAUUGCCAUAUGAAGAUAGUACAUGGGAACUGAAAGAGGAUGUAGAUCAAGCAAAAAUAGAAGAAUUUGAACAAUUGCAAGCCUCAAGGCCUGAUUCUAGGCACUUGGACCGUCCUCCUCCUAACACUUGGAAAAAAAUAGAGCAUUCCAGAGAAUAUAAAAACGGCAACCAACUCAGGGAAUAUCAAUUGGAAGGACUCAACUGGCUCUUGUUUAAUUGGUACAAUAGACGAAACUGCAUCUUAGCUGAUGAAAUGGGUCUUGGCAAAACAAUUCAAUCAAUAACAUUUCUCUAUGAAAUACUUCUGACCGGUAUACGAGGGCCUUUUCUGAUCAUUGCACCACUUUCCACUAUUACAAACUGGGAGAGAGAAUUUCGCACAUGGACUGAUCUUAAUGUUGUGGUGUAUCAUGGGAGCCUGGUUAGCAGGCAGAUGAUACAGCAAUAUGAGAUGUACUUCAGGGACUCACAGGGGCGUAUUAUUAGAGGAGCAUACAGGUUCCAGGCCAUAAUCACCACUUUUGAAAUGAUUCUGGGAGGCUGUGGAGAGCUCAAUGCAAUUGAAUGGCGAUGUGUGAUUAUUGAUGAAGCGCAUAGGUUAAAGAAUAAAAAUUGCAAACUCCUAGAAGGUCUGAAACUCAUGAAUCUGGAGCACAAGGUGCUUUUGACUGGUACACCACUUCAGAAUACAGUUGAAGAACUAUUCAGUCUUCUUCAUUUCCUUGAACCCUUACGAUUUCCUUCUGAAUCUACAUUCAUGCAAGAAUUUGGGGAUCUUAAAACAGAAGAACAGGUACAAAAGCUUCAAGCCAUUUUAAAACCAAUGAUGUUGAGAAGAUUGAAAGAAGAUGUAGAAAAGAAGUUGGCUCCUAAGGAAGAAACCAUAAUUGAAGUAGAACUUACUAAUAUUCAGAAGAAAUAUUAUCGGGCUAUCUUGGAAAAGAAUUUUUCAUUUUUAUCCAAAGGAGCAGGACAAGCUAAUGUACCUAAUUUAGUUAACACUAUGAUGGAACUCAGAAAAUGCUGUAACCACCCUUAUCUUAUCAAAGGUGCUGAAGAGAAGAUUCUUGGGGAAUUUAAAGAGACACAUAACCCAGCUGCUCCUGACUUUCAUCUUCAAGCAAUGAUCCAGUCUGCUGGCAAAUUGGUACUCAUUGAUAAGCUUCUUCCAAAAAUGAAAGCAGGUGGGCAUAAAGUGCUUAUCUUCUCUCAGAUGGUGCGCUGCCUUGACAUUUUGGAAGACUAUCUCAUACAUAAGAGGUAUUUGUAUGAGCGAAUUGAUGGAAGAGUUAGAGGAAAUCUUCGACAAGCUGCCAUAGAUCGGUUUAGUAAGCCUGAUUCAGACAGAUUUGUAUUUCUUUUGUGCACUCGAGCUGGUGGACUGGGCAUUAAUUUAACUGCAGCUGAUACAUGCAUCAUUUUUGAUUCUGACUGGAAUCCUCAAAAUGACCUCCAGGCCCAAGCUCGAUGUCACAGGAUUGGUCAAAACAAAGCAGUAAAAGUCUACAGAUUAAUAACUCGUAAUUCUUAUGAGAGAGAGAUGUUCGACCGGGCAAGCCUAAAAUUGGGUCUAGAUAAGGCUGUGUUACAAAGCAUGAGUGGAAGAGAAAAUAGUGUUGGUGGUAUUCAGCAAUUAUCCAAAAAGGAAAUAGAAGAUCUACUUCGAAGGGGUGCAUAUGGUGCCAUUAUGGAUGAAGAAGAUGAAGGUUCUAAAUUCUGUGAAGAGGAUAUUGAUCAAAUUUUACAGCGUCGUACAAAAACAAUCACAAUUGAAUCUGAAGGAAGAGGCUCAACAUUUGCCAAGGCAAGUUUUGUGGCUUCUGGAAACCGGACUGAUAUUUCCUUAGAUGAUCCCAACUUUUGGCAGAAAUGGGCAAAGAAAGCAGAAAUUGAUAUAGAUGCCCUCAGUGGCAGAAACAGCUUAGUUAUUGACACUCCAAGGAUCAGAAAACAAACAAGACCUUUUAGUGCCACAAAAGAUGAAUUGGCUGAAUUGUCUGAAGUUGAAAGUGAAGGAGAUGAUAAGCCCAAACUCCGUAGACCAUGUGACCGUUCCAGUGGCUAUGGAAGAACAGAAUGCUUUCGAGUGGAGAAAAACCUUCUCGUUUAUGGGUGGGGUAGAUGGAGAGAGAUUCUAGCUCAUGGUCGAUUUAAAAGACAACUAAACGAACAAGACGUGGAAAUCAUUUGCCGAGCCCUUUUAGCAUAUUGCCUCGUUCACUACCGAGGAGAUGAGAAGAUUAAGAGUUUCAUAUGGGAUCUCAUUACCCCUACCGAAGAUGGGCAGACAAGAGAAUUGCAAAAUCAUCUGGGUCUGUCAGCUCCUGUCCCCAGGGGUCGAAAGGGGAAGAAAGUGAAAACCCAAGCAAGCACGUUUGAUAUCCAUAAAGCAGAAUGGCUUCGAAAAUAUAAUCCUGAGCAUCUGCUACAAGACGAAGGCUAUAAAAAACACAUAAAACAUCAUUGUAAUAAGGUUUUGCUUCGAGUGAGGAUGCUAUAUUAUUUAAAACAAGAAGUUAUUGGUAAUGAGUUUCAGAAAGUAUUUGAUGGAGUUGAAGCAAGUGACAUUGAUGUUUGGGUCCCUGAGCCAGACCAUUCUGAAGUCCCUGCUGAGUGGUGGGAUCUUGAUGCUGAUAAAUCUCUCCUUAUUGGCGUUUUUAAACAUGGUUAUGAAAAGUACAACACAAUUAGAGCAGAUCCAGCACUGUGUUUCUUGGAACGAGUAGGAAAACCUGAUGAAAAAGCAGUUGCUGCUGAACAGAGAGCAAAUGAUUACAUGGAUGGGGAUGUGGAAGACCCAGAAUAUAAACCAGCUCCAGCUAUAUUUAAAGAUGAUUUAGAGGAUGAUGUUUCAUCACCAGGCGAUCUUGUAAUAGCAGAUGGAGAUGGCCAAAUGAUGGAAGGAGACAAGAUUUAUUGGCCUACUCAGUCUGCCUUAACUACACGCUUGCGCCGUCUCAUAACGGCAUAUCAGCGGACCAGUAAAAAUAGACAAGCCCAACAAAUCCAACCAGCAUUCUCAGUACAGGCCAAUGUGAUGCAGACUCCUUAUGAAGAAGCUGCUCUUAACCCUAAAAUAGCUGCCAAAAUUGAAAGACAGCAGAGAUGGACAAGAAGAGAGGAAGCUGACUUUUAUAGAGUUGUUUCUACUUUUGGAGUGGUAUUUGAUCCUGACAGAGGACAGUUUGACUGGACAAAAUUUAGAGCCAUGGCUAGACUGCACAAGAAAACAGAUGAUAGUUUGGAGAAGUAUUUAUAUGCUUUUAUGUCCAUGUGCAGGAGAGUUUGCCGCCUUCCUUCCAAAGAAGAAUUGGUGGACCCAAGUAUUUUUAUCCAACCCAUCACAGAGGAACGUGCUUCUAGGACUUUGUAUCGAAUUGAGCUUCUAAGGAAAGUACGAGAACAGGCUCUCCGACAUCCACAACUGUUUGAACGUUUAAAGCUUUGUCAGCCAAAUCCAGAUUUGCCCAUCUGGUGGGAGUGUGGCACUCAUGACAGAGAUUUGCUUAUUGGAGCAGCUAAGCAUGGGGUUAGCAGGACAGACUAUCACAUUCUUCGUGAUCCUGAACUCUCAUUUAUGGCAGCUCAGAGGAACUAUAGUCAAAAUAAAAUGACUCAUUCAAGAACUUCUACUCCACUUAUUCAACAGUAUCAGAUGGCACUGUCUGCUUCCCCUCUUUCUUCUCAACCAAGGUUACUGGAUGCUAAAGGGAAUGCCCUGGAAGAUACAAAAGUUAAAAACGAAAGCCUUAAAGAGGAGCCUCAGUCUUCUGGAGAGGAAUCUGUGUCUUCUGAAGAAAUUAGAACAGGAAUAAAAUCUGAACCUUUAAGCCCAAAGAAUGGUGUUUUGCCACAGACUACUGGAGACCCAAAGUCUGGUGGAAAGGUUGAAACAGAUAGGCGCAUGGUUGCAGCCAGGACAGAACCCCUAACGCCAAACCCAGCUUCCAAGAAACAGAGAGUCAGUAAAAGGGGAUCUGAAUCCAGCUCUGAUUCAGACUCAGAUUCUGACAGAUCUUCUUGUUCUUCUAGAUCAUCAUCUUCUUCCUCCUCCUCUUCUUCCUCUUGUUCCCACUCUCGAUCUGGAUCUAGCUCUUCAUCAUCUUCAUCUUGUUCUUCAGCAUCUUCUUCAUCCUCAUCUUCUUCUUCCUCAUCCUCUUCUUCUUCUUCAUCAGAAGAAAGUGAUAGUGAAGAAGAAGCACAGAAGCGAGAAGGCACCACUCACAUGAAAUCAUAUGAUGAGGAAAGUGUUGCAUCACUAAGCACUAUACAAGAUGAGACUCAGGAUAGUUUUCAGAUGAACAAUGGAACACCGAAUUCUGCUUACAUCUUACAAGGCGGAUACAUGCUGGCUGCUUCUUAUUGGCCAAAGGAUCGAGUGAUGAUUAAUCGGUUAGACAGCAUUUGUCAAACAGUCCUGAAAGGAAAGUGGCCAUCAGCCCGGAGGGGUUACGAGGGAAGUGCAGUUGCAUCUUUCUAUACAACCAAGCUUCUGGACAGCCCGGGUGCUGCUGCAGACACUGGCGAGCCCUGCUUGCUGACUCCUCCAAGUGCAGGGGCAAGAGAAGAGCGUGACCAGUCCACACAGAUGUCAAAGGUGAAGAAGCAUGUACGAGAAAAGGAGUUUACAGUGAAAAUCAAUGACGAAGGCGGUUUGAAGUUGACUUUUCAAAAGCAAGGACUUUCUCAGAAAAGGCCGCUUGAAAAUGAAGAUGGUUCACUAGGACAGCAGCAGUACCUAGCACGGCUUCGGGAACUUCAAAAUGCUUCAGAGACCAGCCUUGUCAAUUUUCCAAAGUCUAUGCCAAUAUCGGGUACUUCUAGUCAGCCAGCUAUUGGUGCCAAUGGAGUGAUAUUAGAAAACCAGCCCAUAGUCAAAAAAAGGAGAGGAAGAAGGAAGAAUGUAGAAGAUGUUGACAUUCUCCUGUUAAAUAGAAAUAAACCACCUAAUCAUGUUACUAUAGGCAUUACCACCUCACAAAUUACUCCAGGAAUAAAUCCAGCACUGUCAUAUGCCCAAUCUCAAGGGAUACUUGAUAUAGAAAAUCCAGUACCAGUUAUUAAUCUGAAAGAUGGAACAAGACUUGCAGGCGAUGAUGCACCCAAAAGGAAGGAUUUAGAAAAAUGGCUUAAGGAGCACCCAGGUUAUGUGGAAGACUUAGGAGCCUUUAUUCCUCGAAUGCAGCUUCAUGAUGGGAGACCUAAGCAAAAAAGACAUCGCUGCAGAAACCCCAACAAACUAGAUGUUAAUAGUCUCACUGGAGAAGAACGUGUUCAGUUGAUUAACAGAAGAAAUGCCAGAAAGGUAGGAGGUGCAUUUGCUCCUCCUUUGAAAGAUUUAUGUAGAUUCCUGAAAGAAAAUUCUGAAUAUGGGGUCGCUCCUGAGUGGGGAGAUGUUGUUAAACAGUCUGGAUUUCUUCCUGAAAGCAUGUAUGACCGUAUUCUUACUGGUCCUGUUGUUCGAGAAGAAGUAAGCAGGCGGGGAAGACGGCCUAAAAGUGAGAUUGCCAAGGCAACGGCAGCAGCGGCAGCUGCAACAGCAGCAAAUGUGUCUGGCAAUCCUUUGCUAGGCAAUGGAUUACUCCCAGGUGUGGAUCUGACCACUCUUCAGGCCUUACAACAGAACCUGCAAAAUCUUCAGUCACUACAAGUAACUGCAGGGUUGAUGGGGAUGCCUGCCAGUUUAUCUGGUGGAGAAGUGAAUAAAAACAUGGCUGCUAUGUUUCCAAUGCUUUUGUCAGGGAUGACAGGAUUACCAAAUUUACUAGGCAUGGGAGGACUCCUGACAAAACCUGCAGAAUCUGUGGCAGAAGAAAAAAAGGCAAAUGACUCCAAGGAGCCAGAUGGAAGAAAAGAAAGGACAGAAAGCCAAAACUCUGACAAUGUUGGAGAAAACUCUGUAUCGAGUUCUCCUUCCACUUCCUCUUCUGCUGCAUUAAAUACUGCUGCAGCUGCCAAUCCCUUAGCUCUUAACCCAUUACUAUUGUCCAAUAUACUUUAUCCAGGGAUGCUUCUCACUCCAGGCCUUAAUCUUCAUAUUCCAGCUUUGUCCCAGUCCAAUAUUUUUGAUGUACAGAACAACAAAAACAAUGACCUAGACUCAGCCAAGCCUGUAGAGGAAAAGGAGGAAGAUUCCAGGGUUAGAGAUCAGGAAGAAAAAGGGGAAACUGAACCAAGUUCUCUCAAUGAAAACAGCACAGAUGAGGGUUCAGAAAAAGCAGACGCUUCAUCGGGAUCUGAGAGUACAUCAUCAUCAUCUGAGGAGUCCGAUUCUAGUAAUGAAGACUGACCCCAGACUCUGCACUUAAAUUAUGAACUGAUUUUGAAUUUAUUCUUUAAUUAUUCAUUGUAAAUAUCCCAGUGUUGAGUGCAUCAAUAACUUACUGACCGAACAUUUCAGUAUUUGUUUAGAAGUGCAAACUGCUUUCAGAGACAUUUUGCAUGUAAUAUUUCUUGAAAUUCAUAAGUUUCUGAACUUGUAUGUACUAUCAAAUACACAAUGGUGUAAAAUUACAACAAAAGGCAUUAUAAUUUUGUUGGGGGGUUAAUUUUAUGGAAAUUAUGCUCAAUGAGAGCUGUAUAUUUAAUAUAUUUGCAAUGAACACAGAAUACUUUAUGCACAUUACUGAUUUAAUUUGAAUAUAGUUUUACAGCCUCCUUGACACCUAUAAUUUACAGAUCAAAACUCAGCAAUAAUUUGGGCAGC